AUGGACCUGGUAAGGAAGGGAAUCCUGUACCAGCAGAAGGGACAGACUGAAGCUCUUGCAUUACCUUCCUCCAUGAAACAUCAAGUAGGGCUGCCAAGAGAGGUUCUGACAGAUCAGGGAAUUAAUUUCCUGUCGAAGCUCUUGCAACAGGUGUACCAGCUGAUUGGUAUCAAAGGCAUUAAGACCACCCCUUACCACACCCAACCAAAUAGUUUGGUUGAGACGUUCAAUCAAACAUUGAAGAGCAUGCUGAGGAAGUUUGCUUCUCAGACAGGAGCUGACUGGGACCAGAGGCUGCCUUACCUCCUUUCACCUACCGAGAGCUUGAUGAAUGAAACAUUGCUGCGAAUCCAGGUGAUGAUCUAUGCAAUUGAGGAGAUCAAUAAUUCUUCGCUCCUACCAAAUGUGACACUUGGAUAUGAAAUCUAUGACUCUUGCCAAGAUGUAUCCUUUGCUUUGAGAAGUACACUGAAACUAAUGGAGAAAACUGAUGACGAACUGAUAGGCUGUGCUGAUGAGAAAGACAAUAUCACGUCCACAAAGAACAUUAAGGCAGUGAUCGGAGAGUGGUUGUCUGAAAUCUCAAUCGCUGUGGCACGUCUUCUAGCUCUAAAUCUAACUCCACAGAUAAGCUAUGGGGCCACAAGUCAGAUACUGAGCAGGAAGGAAAAGUUCCCAUCAUUCUUACGCACUACUCCGAGUGACCUGAUUCAGGCCAGAGCCAUUACAGAGUUGGUGACAAGUAUGAACUGGAAAGCUGUUGGCAUCUUUGGGAGCGAAGAUGAGUACGGGAAAUACGGUUCAGAACAACUUAAUGAUGACUUCAAAAAUCAUGAUGUAUGUGUGGAAUUUAAAAUAGUUUUGCCUGCAGACUUUGAAAAGAAUAACGCAACACUCAGUACUGUUUUGGACAAGAUUCAAAAUUCUUACACAGAAGCCAUUGUGAUUUUCACGAUUGAGCAAAACGUGAGGAGAAUCUUUGAAGGAGCCAUUGAACGAGGGAUCAAUAAGACAUGGAUAGCGAGUGAUGCUUGGUCCACAUCAAAAUAUGUAUGUAAAAUGCCCAAUAUUCAAAAAGUUGGAAGAGUCAUUGGUGUGACUAUUAAAAGAAACAAAGUGCCAGGAUUUGAUGAAUACCUCGGCCAUCUCGCCUCCAAAGAGAAUUUUAAUAGUACCUUUUUAUACGAGUACUUAACUAACUAUAGCAUGUGUGUUGGAUUAAGCUCUCAAAAUCCAAAUGGCUGUUUGACUUCUGGCUCAGUGAAGAACUGUGUUGACGCUCAAUGCUUGCAGAACAUGUACAAGCAGGAUGAAUCUUAUGAACCACACAGCAUCUACCUUGCUGUAAAAGUAAUAGCUCAAGCUUUGAAAAACUUGCUCAAGUGCAACAACGAGACAUGUGAAAACACCAACACCUUUCAAGCCUGGGAGCUACUGGAGGAGAUUAAGCAAGUCAAUUUGUCUGUGACCAAUGACAGUUACCUAACUUUCAACAAGAAUGGAGACCCAACUGUUGGAUAUGAAAUUUUCGACUGGGAAAUUAAAGAAAAGGGGGUCAAUUUCUUGGUAACUCCUCCAGGUAACUGUUCUAAAUCCUGCAGUCCAGGAUACGAACUGAAAUCAAACAUUGGCACUUGCUGCAAGACAUGCAAACACUGUGAAGAGGGACAGUACUCAGAUGGAACAAUGGAGUGUAAAAGUUGCAGUGGCCAUGAGUAUUCCAAUGAUAACAAGACGGGGUGUGUGAACAAAACCAUUGAAUAUCUGGAAUGGAGCGAUCCCUUCUCGAUCAUCUUGGUUUUAUUCGAUUCAGUCGGGAUAGUCCUCACUUUGAUGGUUCUCAUUUUGUUUGCCGUGUACAGGACCACACCGAUUGUGAAAGCCACAGGGAAAUAUAUUUGCUUUGUCGCGCUGCUUGCUCUCUUGGGGUGUUUUUGUAGCGUUAUGCUUUUUCCAGGCCUACCCUCCAAUGUGUCCUGUAUGGCUGGGUUGCCGCUCUUUGCUAUAUCUUUCACGAUCUGUGUAUCCUGUGUUCUGGCCAACCUGCUUCAGAUCUUUGCUGGUUUUGCCUUCAAACUGAAUUUUGGGAACUGGAUUAAGCGUCUCAACAAACCCGCUGCGGUGGUAAUGGCUUGCUCGAGUGUGCAGAUAGUCUUGUGCACACUGUGGCUAACACUUUACCCCCCUCAACAGCGUAGAAACAACGGACAUGUACAUGAAAUCCUGAGCGAAUGUGACGUAGUGUCUGUCGGUUUCUUUAUAGGCACUUUAGCGUACAUUGCCUUUCUUGCCGCUCUCUGUUUUCUUUUUGCAUUCAAGGGAAAACAGUUACCAGAUCUUUAUAAAAACGCCAGCUUUAUCACUAUUAGCAUGCUCAUCUACCUGGUGGUAUGGAUGAUUUUCAUACCGGUUUAUGUCAAUAUGUCUGGUGAGUAUAAAAGAGCAAUUGAGGCAACCGCCAUUUUAAUGUCUAGUUACAGUCUCCUCGCUUGUUACUUUGGGCCUAAAUGUUACAUCAUUCUGUGGAAAAGUCAGUUGAACGAGGAGAACGCUAUUGUAGAAUACGUCCGUCAACAUUAUAAUAAUAAAAGAGUCAGCACUGUGACGUCUUAA